AUGCAACUCUUCCAUCUUUUAUUCGUAUUUGUUAAUAUUAAAUCAAUUUUUAGUUUAAUUAACUUCGAUUUAACUCAUACUAUAAAAUCAACUAAUCCAAUUUUUCCUGGUUUGACACCAUUUAAUUUCACACAAACUUUUACACGUUGGAGACAAGAUGAUUCAAAUGAAUAUUACUUCAUGGCAUUGAAUACAUUUAUUACAGGUGAACAUUUUGGUACUCAUAUUGAUGCACCUUAUCAUGGAUCGAAUACAUCAUGGACAAUUACACAAAUUCCAUUUGAACGUUUAGUUUCUAUUCAAGCCUUAAUUGUUGAUGUAUCAAAAAAAAGUUCAAAGGUGAAAAAUUAUCAAAUAAAAAUUGAAGAUCUUAAUGAAAAUGUUAUGCGACAAGCAAAUGGAUUUUAUGUUUUAUUAUUUUAUACAGGAAAAUCAAAAUUUUGGCCAAAUCAAGAUGCCUAUGCUGGUGGUCAUAGUAGAGAAGAACUUGAUUUUCCUGGUCUUAGUGCACAAUUAGCUUCAUAUUUAGUUGAUAAAUAUUCAGAAAAACUUGUUGGAGUUGGUAUUGAUACUUUAUCAAUCGAUCCUGGUUCUUCAAAACAUUUCUCUGCUCAUCGAAUUUUAUUUAAAAAAAAUAUUUAUGUUUUAGAAAAUGUUGCUGCACUUAAUCAUGUUCUUAAAUAUUUAUCAAAUCGACGAGAAACAUUUUUUAUAUUUGAUGUUCUACCAAUGAAAAUUGAAGAUGGUACUGGUGCACCAUGUCGACUUGUAGCACGAGUAGAAAAUUUCGAUGAUAUUAGUGGUGGACCGUUUGGUUUUCUUAUUUUUUGUCUUCUUCUUGGUAUUAUUGGUAUAGCAGCAAAAGUGAUUUAUGAUUUUAAAUUUAAUAUGGAUAAAGAUUUUGCAUAG